AUGCCGACAUCUGUAAUGGAAUAUGCAAGGGUGAUUCCAUCAGUGUCUUCUUUGCUGCCUCUGUAUGCCUCGUUUUCCACCUCCUUGAUGCUUUUGCGCAACGCCUACCAUGAGCUGGUUCCAGAGAAGCUCGAAUCGUUCUUGACCUCAAAAUUGGAAAAUUAUUUCCGUCGUACAAGGUCGAAGCCUUCAUAUGAUACUUUCGUCAUUGAUGACUCAUGGGAAGGCCAACAUCGUAACAAGCUUAUUGAUAUAUCAAUAUUUUACCUUUCCACUAAGAUUGGCCACAAGAACAAGACCAUCAAGAUUGGCAAGUUCAAAGGACGUAAGGGCAUAAUGGCUGGCCUGGUGAAUGGGGAGGAGAUUGUCGACAUCUAUGAGGGUAUAGAAAUUACUUGGUAUUUUGAUUGCCGAAAGGACGAAGAUGGGGGUGAUGAAUAUUUUGAAUUAAGUUUUGAAGAUAAAUACAGGGAAAAGGUGUUUAAUGAGUAUUUGGAUCAUGUUAUUCGUACCUACAAAGCCAUGACUAAAGAAAAAAGGGUUUUAAGGAUCUAUUCGAGGGAUUGUAAUGGAUGGGAUUGGAUUGAGUUUCAACAUGCAGCCACAUUCGAUACGCUGGCCAUGGAUUAUGAGUUGAAGAGGGCUAUCACGGAUGAUUUAGACAGGUUCUUGGCCAGGAAAGACUACUACAAGAAAAUUUGCAGGGCCUGGAAGCGUGGUUAUUUAUUAUAUGGCCCUCCGGGAACUGGAAAAUCAAGCCUAAUUGCUGCCAUGGCCAAUUACUUGAAUUAUAACGUUUAUAAUUUGGAGCUUGCAAAUAUUAGUUCUGAGUCUGAUUUAAAAAGUGCGAUGUUACAUGCAGGUAGAAAAUCCAUAAUUGUGAUUGAAGACAUAGAUUGUAAUUCAGGGGUUCAUGAUCGAUCAAAAUCAGACAAUUCUGAAUCCGAUAAUUCCAAUAAUGUCAGGUUCACCCUCUCGGCUCUGCUAAACUGUAUUGAUGGGCUGUGGUCGAGUUGUGCAGAGGAGAGAAUAAUAGCGUUCACCACUAAUCACAAAGAAGUCUUGGACCCUGCAUUGCUUCGUCCUGGGAGGAUGGAUAUGCACAUUCACAUGUCCUACUGCACCACUGAAGGAUUCAGAGUCUUAGUCUCCAACUAUCUUGACAUAAAAGACCACCCUCUCUUUGAAGAAAUCGAUGGCUUGAUACGAAGCAUGGAGGUCACCCCUGCUUCGCUAGCUGAAGAACUAAUGAAGAGUGAUGUUGCUGAUGUUGCUCUUGGAGAAGUGCUUAAUUUCCUUAAGCAGAAGAGAAUGGAAAAAGAUAAAAUAGAUGAAGAAAAGCUCUGUUAAUUUAAACCUUUUCUGGUACCUUUUUCUUCUGGUAAGCUCAUGGUUUAAUAAAUAAAGAACUACAUGAGCUUCUGUUCUUCCAAAUGAUUAAUAGGGGGAGAGCACAUUUUGAGGUUGCCUUGUAUUAUCUUCAUGACAUAAGACAUAAGCAUGAUUUAUUGCUUCCUAGCAUGAAUCAGUCUCAAAAGGCAACUGAUCUUCUGAAAAAGCCAUAAAUUAGCAUGAACUUGCCAGUCUAUUAAAACUAGCGUUAACCUGUUGAACAGAAACUUCACAGAUUAACGCAUUUUAUCUACGUUUAUCAAUAAGAAAGUAUUUAU